AUGUCAGAACCCGCGCAAAAUGGGACGGGCCCGGCCCCUCCGUACUCCAGCAAGGAGGCGGAGCCCUUCAUGGAGACCGCGGAGGCAGUGCUGACUUGUUGGCGUUACUCCGUGGACGGAGUGGUGAUGAACGGGACUGAUACAAUCAACUCAACCGCCAGCUCUCAAGCCCAAAAGAAGAGGCAGCAGUACAGCAAGCACAAGAACCAAGGAGGCAGCGGGGUGCACCGAAGUCCAAGGGCUCUUUUUUGUUUGUACCUCAACAACCCAAUCCGUAGAGCCUGCAUCAGUAUUGUAGAAUGGAAACCGUUUGAUAUCCUCAUUCUCAUGACUAUUUUUGCAAACUGCGUGGCAUUGGGCGUCUAUAUCCCUUUUCCUGAAGAUGACUCCAAUACCGCAAACCAUAACCUGGAACAAGUGGAGUAUAUUUUCCUCAUCAUCUUCACGGUGGAGAGCUUCCUGAAGAUCAUUGCCUAUGGACUGGUCUUGCACCCUAGUGCCUAUAUCAGAAACGGAUGGAACCUGUUAGAUUUUGUCAUUGUAGUUAUUGGGCUUUUCAGUGUAAUCCUGGAACAGUUUUCGCACAAGCAAGGAGAUGCACAUCACAUGAGUGGAAAGCCUGGGGGUUUCGAUGUGAAAGCCCUUAGAGCGUUUCGUGUACUGAGGCCUCUGCGACUUGUAUCGGGUGUCCCAAGUUUGCAUAUUGUAUUAAACUCUAUCAUGAAAGCCAUGGUGCCCCUGCUUCACAUCGCAUUGCUGGUAUUGUUCGUCAUUAUCAUUUACGCCAUCAUCGGGUUGGAGCUUUUCAUUGGACGAAUGCACAAGACUUGCUUUUACAUUGGCUCAGAUCUUAUCGCAGAGGAAGAACCUGCCCCUUGCGCUUUUUCUGGCCAUGGGAGAGAAUGUCACCUGAACAGCACCGAGUGUCGGGGCAAAUGGGAAGGGCCCAAUGGGGGAAUCACAAACUUUGAUAAUUUCUUUUUUGCUAUGCUGACCGUGUUCCAGUGCAUCACUAUGGAAGGCUGGACUGAUGUUCUUUACUGGAUGCAGGACGCCAUGGGCCACGAGCUCCCCUGGGUAUACUUCGUCAGCCUGGUUAUCUUCGGAUCAUUCUUCGUCUUAAACCUUGUCUUGGGUGUGUUGAGUGGGGAGUUCUCAAAGGAAAGAGAAAAAGCCAAAGCCAGGGGAGACUUCCAGAAACUGAGGGAGAAGCAGCAAAUGGAGGAAGAUCUGAAAGGGUAUCUGGAUUGGAUCACGCAGGCUGAAGAUAUUGAACCAGAAGGGGAUGAGAGAGAUGAACGACACCGCGUCUCUCUGGCCGACUUGACGGGCAGGAGGAAGGGGAGACUUCAAUGGUUAAUGCAUCCUAACCAUUCCUCAGAAACCCACACCAGCCUUCCUGCAAGCGAGACGACAUCACUGAAUACAGAGAAUAUAGACGAUGAACAUACAAACUGCUGCUCCCUGUGCAUGAGCAAGCUGGGUCAGACAGGUUGCUGUCGAAAGCUGAGACGAUGGAACAGAGCGUUAAGGAGGAGAUGUCGUCUGGCGGUAAAAUCUGUCACUUUCUAUUGGAUGGUUCUGAUCCUGGUUUUUCUUAACACGCUGACCAUAGCAUCUGAGCACUACCGGCAGCCGGAAUGGCUGACCCAGAUACAAGGCUAUGCUAAUAAGGUGCUGCUUUCUCUCUUCACUCUGGAAAUGCUCCUGAAAUUGUACAGUCUGGGUUUCCAGGCCUAUUUUGUGUCAUUCUUCAAUCGAUUUGACUGCUUUGUCGUAUGCGGUGGCAUCCUGGAGACCGUUCUUGUUGAGUUCCAUAUCAUGUCCCCGCUGGGAAUUUCUGUCCUUCGCUGUGUGCGGCUGCUGAGGAUCUUCAAGGUCACAAGACACUGGGCAUCGUUAAGUAACCUGGUCGCCUCACUGCUGAACUCCAUGAAGUCCAUUGCUUCUUUACUGCUGCUUCUCUUCCUCUUCAUCAUCAUCUUCUCCUUGCUUGGGAUGCAACUUUUUGGUGGAAAGUUCAACUUUGAUGAGACCCAAACCAAAAGAAGUACUUUUGAUACCUUCCCACAGGCACUGCUCACUGUAUUCCAGAUCCUGACCGGUGAAGACUGGAACGCAGUGAUGUAUGAUGGGAUCAUGGCGUACGGUGGCCCAUUCUUUCCAGGGAUGCUGGUCUGCGUGUAUUUUAUCAUCCUCUUUAUAUGUGGAAAUUAUAUAUUACUGAAUGUCUUCUUAGCUAUCGCUGUGGACAAUCUGGCUGAUGGAGACAAUAUUAACAGCAAAGAUAAGAAGGGAGGCAAGAAGUCAGGGAAGAAAGAAGAUAUCUCAGCCAAGGUCCCAGCUGAAGAAGAUCACGAGGAAGAAGAGGGAAGUGAAGAAUCUGAAGAUGAGGAAGAUGAAGAGGGAAGUCUACCGGAUUCUCACCUGGAUAAACUGGCUGAGUUUGCACCAAAGGAGAAAGUCCUUCCAAUCCCAGAGGGCAGCGCCUUCUUCAUUCUGAGCAACACCAACCCACUCAGGGUUGGUUGUCAUCGAUUGAUUCACCACCAUAUUUUCACCAAUCUCAUCCUCGUCUUCAUCAUUCUAAGCAGCAUCUCCCUGGCAGCAGAAGACCCAAUACGGGCCCACUCUUUCCGUAAUCAUAUUCUGGGCUAUUUUGACUAUGCUUUCACCUCCAUCUUCACAGUAGAGAUCUUACUGAAGAUGACAGCAUACGGUGCCUUCCUGCACAAAGGCUCUUUCUGCCGAAACUGGUUCAACCUCCUGGAUCUGCUUGUUGUUAGCGUGUCUCUCAUCUCCUUUGGGAUUCACUCAAGUGCCAUCUCGGUGGUAAAGAUUCUCCGUGUACUGAGAGUGUUACGUCCACUGAGAGCCAUUAACCGAGCCAAGGGGCUAAAGCAUGUCGUCCAGUGUGUGUUUGUUGCUAUCCGCACUAUCGGUAACAUCAUGAUAGUCACCACCCUCCUCCAGUUCAUGUUCGCCUGCAUCGGGGUUCAACUGUUUAAGGGCAAGUUCUACAGCUGCACUGAUGAGGCCAAGCAUAGUCCGGAGGAGUGCAAGGGCACAUUCAUUGUGUACAAGGAUGGAGAUGUCACCCACCCAAUGGUGCGGGAGAGAAUCUGGCACAACAGUGACUUCAACUUUGACAAUGUCCUGUCUGGAAUGAUGGCGCUUUUCACCGUGUCCACCUUUGAGGGCUGGCCAGCGCUGUUGUAUAAGGCAAUCGAUGCCAAUGGGGAAAAUGUUGGACCGAUUUACAAUUACCGCGUAGAAAUUUCCAUCUUUUUCAUCGUCUACAUCAUCAUUAUUGCAUUCUUCAUGAUGAACAUUUUUGUGGGUUUUGUGAUCAUUACGUUUCGAGCACAAGGAGAGCAGGAGUACAAGAACUGUGAGCUGGACAAGAACCAGAGACAAUGUGUGGAAUAUGCUCUGAAGGCUCAGCCUCUGCGCCGCUAUAUACCCAAGCAAAAGUAUCAGUACAAAGUCUGGUACAUGGUCAACUCCACUGGCUUUGAGUACAUUAUGUUUGUACUUAUCCUUCUCAACACCAUCGCCCUGGCAAUGCAGCAUUAUGAACAGUCGAAGCCAUUUAAUUAUGCCAUGGACAUCCUAAACAUGGUUUUUACUGGUCUCUUUACUGUGGAGAUGCUGCUGAAACUCAUCGCUUUCAGACCUAAGCAUUAUUUCUGUGAUGCCUGGAACACAUUUGACGCUUUAAUCGUGGUGGGCAGCCUUGUCGACAUUGCUGUGACAGAAGUCAAUAAUGGAUGGCAUGUCGGGGAGAGCUCAGAGGACAGCUCCCGAAUAUCCAUCACGUUCUUUCGUCUCUUCCGUGUGAUGCGUUUAGUGAAGCUGCUAAGUAAGGGAGAAGGUAUAAGGACAUUGCUGUGGACAUUUAUAAAAUCUUUCCAGGCUUUGCCAUAUGUUGCUCUCCUGAUAGCAAUGAUAUUUUUCAUCUACGCUGUCAUUGGCAUGCAGACAUUUGGAAAAAUCGCCAUGCAGGAUGGGACUCAGAUUAACCGGAAUAACAACUUUCAGACCUUCCCUCAGGCUGUGCUGCUGCUCUUCAGAUGUGCCACCGGCGAGGCCUGGCAGGAGAUCAUGUUGGCCAGUUUACCAGGCAAGAGAUGCGACAUUGAAUCUGACUUCGCUCCGGAGGAAGAGUUUACCUGCGGAAGCAACUUCGCCAUUGUGUAUUUCAUCAGCUUCUUCAUGCUUUGUGCUUUCUUGAUCAUCAACUUGUUUGUUGCUGUCAUCAUGGACAAUUUUGAUUAUCUCACAAGAGAUUGGUCAAUUCUUGGGCCCCAUCAUUUGGAUGAGUUUAAGAGGAUCUGGUCUGAAUAUGACCCUGAAGCAAAGGGCCGUAUUAAACACUUGGAUGUUGUAACGUUAUUACGCCGUAUCCAACCUCCCCUGGGAUUUGGAAAGCUGUGCCCACACCGUGUGGCAUGCAAGAGAUUGGUCGCCAUGAAUAUGCCCCUAAAUGCAGACGGUACUGUGACAUUCAAUGCUACGCUUUUUGCCUUGGUACGGACCUCACUAAAGAUAAAAACUGAAGGGAAUCUGGAAGCUGCUAACGAGGAGCUGAGAGCUGUCAUUAAGAAAAUCUGGAAAAGAACCAAACAGAAUAUACUCGAUGAAGUCAUCCCUCCCCCGGAAGAGGAGGAAGUAACAGUGGGGAAAUUUUACGCCACUUUCCUGAUCCAAGAUUACUUCCGGAAAUUUCGUCGCAGGAAGGAAAAGGGUCUUCUCGGAACAGAAAACCUGCCAAACAAUUCUACCACGUUGCAGGCUGGACUACGGAGCCUACAGGAUCUGGGAUCUGAGAUUCGAAGAGCGUUGUCCUGUGAUCUUGAAGAAGAAGACCUGUCUGCAUUUAGAGAUUUGGGGCGUCAGGUGGUAGAGGAGACGGCGUUAUGUGAAGGUGCCCCAGAUUUGGUCAAGGAACGUCAGCUUUCUUCAUCUGUACUCUCCCUCACCAACUCUAUUGGAGGGCGUGAGGAGCCACCUCCUGCCCCCCGCAGAUCUUCUCUCGUCAACCGAUCUGGUGGAGGAUCCAAAGACAGCCUUUUGACCCUUCCUCCAGCACCGACCAGUGGGACCAGUGUGAAGAAGAGGCAGCUCAGCACACGCAGAAGAAGCUCAGAUGCGACCUUUAUACCACCCACCGUGCACGAGCAAGAGGAAACCGCUACUGAAGAUGAACAGAGGUCGAAGACAUCCUCCCCUGUCUACCCCCUGAACAAUGAGACGGAGAGGAAGCAAAAUCUGGAGGACUCUUUGAAGCGCCCCGUGUCUCCAGAAGAAAGAAAACACUUUCCAUCCACACCCGCAGCACCUCCUGCAGCUCCCAGGGCUAAUGGCACUGUAGAUGGCAGAGGACCACCUCGACGGCGACUUCUUCCACCUACUCCAGGAAGCAAAUCCGCCUUCAGUAUCCAGUGCCUGAAAAGACAGGGAAGUUGUGAUGAUAUCCCUAUCCCAGGAACAUACCAUCAAAACGCACCGCCCUGCCGAACCAGAGUGAGUAGCGUUUACGGAAGCUCAGACUCCUGGCAAAGAAACAAUUAUCCAGCAAGCGGUCCACACUCCUGGGCCAAUCCCCCAAAACGUGGUCGUCUACUCUAUGCCCCUCUUAUUUUGGUGGACGAAGACAGCAGCCUGCCCACUAUCCCUUGCACUCACUGGUAUAGAGAAGAAGAGGACAAGGCACCUUACUGCACUUAUACCCAGCUUCAUGUGCCUGGGCAGAGGCUGAAGGAAAAGAGAGGGAGCGCAGAUAGCCUAGUGGAGGCGGUUUUGAUAUCUGAGGGUCUGGGCCUCUAUGCACAGGACCCAAAGUUUGUUGCUUUCGCUAAACGCGAGAUCGCAGAUGCCUGUCACAUGACCAUUGAUGAGAUGGAGAGUGCCGCCAGCGACCUUCUAAGCCAGAGUCGAAAAAGCAGUUGGAGCGGAAGCACCGGAGGGAGACCUAAUGGAGAUGACAUGAUGGGACAAGUUUACAGCGACGAAGAAUCUGUGCACUGCAGAGAUGAGGAGGAGCUGAGGGAUGAAAUGGCGUGCGUAUCCUCCUUCUGAGACUCUAUUUCCUUCUGAGAGGGAGACUAGCCAAAGCACCUUUAUUGUGAGCAGAUACUACACCAAUAUGGACGCCUGUCAGUUCUCGUCAUUCUACAUGAUCAUAGAAUAAGGCAAUAACCCCAAUAACUGUAGAAAGAAAGCUAACCUGCAUGUUCCGAGGCUAAUAUAAUACUAUCUUCUUCCCAUUUUGUGCAAGAAUCUCCUGAAUUCGUAGAUUGAUUUAGCGCAGGAAGAUGAUGGCCUCGUAUGAGCCGUGCACCUGCCUCGGUCAUCCUAUGACAACUCUUUG